AUGGGUCCAGAGCGAGGGGUAAAAAGCUUGAUGCUCGACGCGAAUGCUGCGCAGUCGUCUGAUCAUGAGGCCAUGGUUCCGGCGCUGCCCCCUCUUUCCGGCGGCCACAAGUCACCUCCGAACAUCCCCUGGGUGGGGCAUAAGCAGCUGGACAACCUGAAAGCUGCGCGAGAGCGGAGCCUGGGGCGAAGUAAACGGAGCUCGUUUGAGGGGAAGGCUGAAGCUGCGUGGGAAAGCAAGGCGGCGUCCGAGGAGCAGUUGGGAGCCCUGAGCACGCAAGGGAACAGCUACUCGCAUGAGAAUGAGAUGGGGGCGCCGAGUGCACAAGAGGCAAAGCCAAAAGGGAGAAAGAGUCCGUACGCGCGGUUGCUAACAGAGAGCAUUGAGGCAGAGCGCCUGCGGCCAGUCGUAACAAGAGCCAGAGCAAAGACUCCUUCGAAGUUGAGGCCAGCUGGACAUGAAGUGAAGAUACCCGUGGGAGGGAACUCAAACGGGGCGAAUGAGGAAAACGGGGAGAAUGACACCAGGCCGCAGGUGCCCCUCUCCCGGCACAGUAUCAGUGCCCUCACGAACCACCUUCCAUGCCAGGACAGCCUGGACCCUGCCGAAGAAGCCCUUUACCCGAGCCCAUCCCGGAGCGUCCUAUCUUUUGCUCGGCACGGGCCCUCUGUUCUUGCAGCCCCCAACCUGACCGAGCCCACCCCUCAAUCCCCACUAGCAUCGACCAAGUACGAUCUGGAAGUCCCAGCUUCAAGAGGUGCGGAGGGCCCACACUCGUGCCCCCCGAAACGGAGCAAACGACGGGGCGCCGAGCUGUCAGAGAACGCCGCGGGGCUGCUCAUCGGCGCGGAGGACCGCGUCCGGACCGCGAUGCUGGAGCAGCUGCACGAGCUGGCCAGCCCGCGCUCGCGGCCUGCCCUUCAGCGGGCACUGCAACCGCUGCCAAACGGGAACACCCGCAGCAAGACAGUGCAAUACACCCACUUGAAGCAUGCCGGGCAUAUGAACGAGUCGGAUCUGGAUGCGGAAGUGGCAUGGGUGCAAGGGAAGGACUCCUCAGGGGGGGUGGCUCAGGAGCGGUCGUGGUCCGUGCCGCCGACGAGAGCAGAGAGUAGUGCGCUGUGGCAGAGGAGCUUGUACCCGAUGCUCAGCGCCGCAUCACGCAGCGAGAUGGCCGCGUUUAAGGGGCUGCUGGUGGAGAGCCUGAAGAAGGCGGGGCAGGGCGAACGCGAUGCGGCGGAGAAAGCGGAGCUGAUGUUUGGGGCGUGCUUCCACGAGAUCCACCGCAGGAUGCCGGCGCUGCAAAAAGCGCUGGCCAACUCCAGAAAGGUGGCCAGCGUAUUGCACGAGGAGAACUCCGGGUUGCGGCGCGCGCUGACUGCUCUCGAGCGGAAGCAGGACCAAGCGGCGAUGGACACGUGGCUGCAGCAGCACGGGGACAGGCUGGCGCAGGUCCUCGUGGUGGCACCGGAGCAAGCGCGGCCACGGCAGGGCGCCCCGAUUGCGUCGAGCAACCCCUUCCUGCGUCUGCCCACUGUAAAGCUGGGCAGCCUGGGGGGCCCCGCGGCGCCCCCGGCCAACGGCAUCUGGCCGUCCAUGAAGGGCGGGGCAGCGAAACUGUCAGAGGACGAGAACGACAACGCGACGGUGCCGGAGAUUGCGGAGAGCUCGCAGAGCGAGUCGGCGCUGGCGAUCGCGCAGUCGGAGCAGUUUCUGGCGGGGCUCAAGCUGGGCAUGGCGGCCAGCCGGGCGGUGGCCGGGAAAAAGGCGCCCGGGGGACGGCGGGUGAAAGCCCCGGUCAGAGUCGACGAAGGCGUGCAGACUGAGCAGGUGCCCGGGGAAGGCGGUCGGGGGGAGAGUGGCACGGCCGGGAGGGAGGCAGGGCAGGAGAAAGACGACAGAGGGUCGAGGCAGAGCGCUGUGUCUCGAGAAGGGGGGCAGAGGGUUUUUGAAACGGAUGUAGCCAUGAGGAGAGAGGCUCAAGGGGGUGCAGACGAGAAGGUGGAGAGCACUGGAGUUACGGAUGAGGGGCCGCCGGGAAAGCGUGUGUGGAAUCCGUUCAGAAGGGCGGGGGGAUCGGCACCCGAUGGCAGGCAGGGGCCGGAAGGUGGGAGAGAAAGAGAACGAGAGACGGAGGCUGGGGGGGCGGAGGCAGAAACUGGGCAAAGGCAAGAGAACGUGGAGCCUUCGGAAGUGAGCGCAGAAAACGAAAUGAUUGAAGGAGACUUUGAAGCUCAGUUGAGCAUACCAGAGUCACCGGAGGAAGCGGAAUCCGCGUCGGCUCAUGAAGGCGAGCCCAGUACGGAAGAAGUAGCUCCAGCGGACAGCCAUCAAAACGUAUUGCGCGAAGCUAACAUAGACGACAGUACGUCACAGUGGCAUGAAGUCAGCGAGAAGAGGCUGCCACAAACGGAUGCGAAUAAAAUGGAAGAAGCCGCUGACGAAGACCAAUCGCAAGGGGAGUAUCUGAAAAGCGUCCAUGUUGAGGAGGCUACUGUUUCCGGAGACAAUGGAGCGGAACAAUCUUCACUAGCGGGCAACCAAUCUGCGGAAGAGAGCUCUCAAGAGGGACCGACAGCCGUUGAAAACGAGGGGCUUGGGGAUACGGAAACAACCAAAAGUGAGGCUGUUUCUCCGAGUCACAGUCGGCGGGGGACACGGCGCGGUGGAGAGCACCCAGCGGCUGACCCAGAGACUCUGCCCAAAGUUUUUGAACGGCUCGCUUCGAACCGCUUCAAGAGCCACGUGCCAGCGACGCUCGACUUGACCGCUCCCAGUGCGAUGCUCGUCUUGGAGCCCGAUCGUGGCGACCUUUCCCCGGUGUCCCCGGGGCCCCGGUCACCUGAUUUGCGAAUCGGCGGGUCGCCUCUGCCCCGGCUGAAGCGGAGCGAGUCGCUGUCGGAGACGGUGCAGCGGCGGCGCGAGAAAGCGGAGCGGCGGAAGACGCACGGCGAGUUCCUGCGCUUGUCCGCGGCCAUCUACGAAGUUCCGUCUCCAAAGGAGAGGCACGGCCGGAGCGGCGGAACAGCGGAAGAAGUACCCGCUGCCGUGCCCGAGUCUCCACUGCCGGGGGGGGCUUCUCCCGAGCUGCCAGCAACCCCUCGAGAGGAUGCUAGCGCCAUUCCGUCUGACCAGCGCCGGAACUCGGAAAGAAGAUGGGCGGACGAAUGGGACCUGGCGGACGCCAAAUGGCGGGCGGAGGUGCAGCGGCUCCAGGAGGAGAAUGCGCGCGCGCGCGCGCAGGCGGACGAGCGUGAGCGCGCGCGGCAGGGCGCGCUGGAGGAGGUCGCGGUGCUGAGGGCAGAACUAGAGCGGAUGAAAGCGGAGGAGUUGGCGCUCAGGGAGAGCGCACAGAUCCCACAGGAUGACGACGCACGCAUCGCGUCAGUCGUCCAAGUGCACGGCGGCAUUCGUUUUCUGGCCACCCAGUGCGCGGCCCUUUUGGGGGAUGAACAAGUGGAGCUGCGCGUGGAGCGAACCGGGGGCGCACGAGGGGAGGUCGGCGUGCAUUAUCUCACACUGGACGGGUCCGCGCACGCCGGGCUCGACUUCGCGUCGACAGAGGGCCUGCUGACGUGGCCGGAAGGCGCGGUCGGCCCUCAGUCGAUCUGGGUGCAGCUGCUGGAGGACGAGUUUGGAGAAGGGGAGCAGGAGUUCUCAGUCGUACUGCGCCUGGAGGGCCAGACGGAGGCGGUCUUACUCGGUGAUCAGACUGCCCGGGUCACCGUCUCCGGCCCCGGCAGUGCCCGGUGGGAGCGCGCCGGGCGGAAACGGUGGCAGAGACCGGCGCAGGAACGCAGGCCGAGCUCCCGGGAGGUAGGAACGUCCGUGCAAGAAGACGGAGAAGACGAAGCGACACGCCUGGAAAUGGAGUCGGACGACGAGAAGGUGACAGGGGAGAACGGGCUGAUGCCGGCAACGCGCGCGCUUCAGUCGGGGGGCAAGUGGAAGCAGAGGGUGAACGAGCGGCGGGAAGCGAAGGGGCUGGCGCCGCUUGAGUUCUCCAAACGGAUGCACAUCCCCCCCGCCUGGGAGCGGUUCAUCGAAGAGGGGGCGCCCGGCGCGAGUGUGGGUGAGGAGGAGAAGGAAGAAGAAAGCCCCAAAAACGGCGGCGCGGCCGGGGCAGUUCACCGGGCAAGCAGCCAGCACGGAAGGCGGUCGGAGAGCCCGCACGGGAAACGCGCGGAGAUGCUCGACGCACGGGAACUAGAGCAGCGAGCUUCGGAGGGCGGGAAGGCUGCCACGGUGAGUGGACGAGCGGAGCUGGUGUUGAAGGGGGCGCGCCGGGGGAAAGACCUGAGCACGUUCCUGGUGAACAACGCCCGGGUGAUGCCGGCCAAGAAGCUGCGCGCGCUGAUCGGGAGCAUCUACCGGGCAAAGCAGGCGGCGAAUGCGGUGGACGACAAGGCGGGCCGCGGCCGCGCGCCGCUGAGCGACUUGGUGGUGGGCCACUUGAAGCACAUGUUCGGGCUGCGCAGCCUGGCGCAGGCCAAGCUGCAGGAGAUGCUCGCCUCCCUGCGCGCCUUCUACCGGCGGCGAACCGACCACCUGGCCGGCCUCUUCACGCGCCUCACCGGCCUCUACGACGACCUUCCGGGGCACGGCGUCAACUCGGUCAUGCAGAUCCUGGAAGUGUGUGCGUGGUCCCUCAACGGGCAGGCCGCAUUCUGGAGCCAACUAGAGCGCGGGGACUCCGUCCUCCUCACCCCCGCCCAGGUGGAAGCCGUCGUCGCGCGCGUUCUGGAAACCCGGCCGCGCGAGCAGAUCGAGGCGGUCCUCGCGGACAUGCGCGAGCAGAACCGCGCGGGGACCUUGGGCGACGACGCCGCCUUCGCGGGCCGGUCCGAAGCCGCGACGUCGCCCAGUGCGAAGAAAGAUUCGUCGCUGAACGCGGCCGCGACGCGCGCCGCGUCGCCCAUGGGCGCUCACUCGCGCGCGGGGAGCCGCCAGAAUGGGCGGCCACCGCACCGUGCGGAGCCUGCCCGGGUCAGCAGCGGGUCUGUAGGGGGGAUGCAGCAGAGGGGGGGACCGCGCAAUCCAAGCCCCCUGAACGGGGAACAGGCGGCGGGCGACGUCAGCGGUGACGUGGCGGCACCUGUGGCCCUGGAUCGGCUGCUGUGCUUUCUCGUGACCAAAAGUUCGCAGCUGCAAGAGAAGGACGAGGAGCUCGUUCACACCGUGCUGGACCGGUUCAAGGAGGGCGACGCGCCGGGGGUUACCAGGGAGGGCUUUCACCAAGCCAUUAAGCAGCUCGACGUGCCGGCAUGGCUGAACGAGGCCACGGUGGACCAGAUGUUCGAGCUGGCCGCAGAGAUGGACGGCGACCAGCGGCCCUCAGACACCGCUCUAUCCCUAGGCAGCUGCGUCGCCGCGUUCAGGGCAACGUGCCCGGGCCUGCACGCGGUCAAGGAAGCGCAGUCCAUGAUGGACGACUUUUCCUAA